AUGGAUUCAUUUCAAGCUUUACCUGAGAAGGAGCGUAAGGUCCUUGCAAUAGCUUGGCGUGCAAUGAACCUUGGCUCGAAUGUUAAGGCUAGUCACCCUUCUAAGAAAGAUUUGGUUAAUAUGAAUAUUCCAUUGCUGUGCGACACUUUGAGUACUCCUAAUAGCAAAUUAGCUUUGAGAGUUACGGCUCAACUAUUGGUUGGUAUUGUAAAAGUAUUACAGCAUCAACAUUACUGUGUGUAUGAGGAUACAGUUCAACUUUGGACAAGGAUAUGCAGGGAGUCUGCUUUGAUGACUAUAGAAGAUAUUGACAUGCCUCUGGCAACAGCUAGACAAUCUAGUAUCACGUUUAGUGAGAGAGAGUUUGGUCAAUUGGGAAUAGACUACAAAAAUUCAGUUUUCAGUUUGCUUCUUAGAUAUGAGCCUUUCCCCCAGCAAGAUGAAGAGUAUAUUUGUGCAGAUCAGGAGGUUAGCAGGCCCGAAUAUGAAGAUCAAACAGUGUCACAGAUGAAUACAAGUGCGGCACAAGAACCUUCUAGACUGUCUGUCUCCUUGGAAAGCGAUCCCUUGAGAACAGAUGCAAUGGAAAUUGAUAUAUUGGAUCAAGAGCCGUCUAUCCCGCAAGAUUAUCUUUAUGAAGGGGACCAUUAUUAUCUUGACCAGCCAGAGCCACCCACAAGUUCCAUAAACAGUAUAUCUGAGCAUCAAGCUACUGUAUUGCCUUUAGAGAUAGGAAGAUUUUCCAGGGAAGCAGCCGAUAUCUUGACGGAUAUCCGUAGUCCAAUAUCAAGGCGGCGUUCUACAUCGACAGGAAGCACUUUCUCAGAACAAGUUGCUCCCUUUGAUAUUCCAGAAAUUGAGUAUAAUCCCAGACAAGCUAGCGAAGGCUGGGACCAGAGUACAACAGAUACUGAGAACAAUCCUGCACUUGUACCUCAACUCCUACACAAUUUACCAGUCCCUCGGUUACGACAAAGAACAUCGGUUCGCUCAUCCACAAUAUUACUACCCCUAGACUUUUAUGAAAAAUCUCGACUCAAAACACUUGGUUUUGGAGAUCAAAGGCAAACACAUAAAGUAUGGAUCUUUAUUGAGAUGAUUAGGUUGGCAAUAAUUGCUUAUUUUGACCCCUUCUAUUUGAUCCGUAUAAUUGUAUGCACAGUUUCUACUCCUCUCCACAGUUUACUAAACCACGAGAAUCGUCCUCGGCUACACAACAAUACUUUGGUCAGCCCAGAAUACGCCAGAAGAUACAGGAGUAGCGAGAGUCUUAAUGAAGACUACAGUGCAGGGACUCUCUAUAGUGCUAAUGAACAUAUGGGAAUACUUGAAUUCCAAGACGGGACGGACUCGGAAGAAACACUUGCGCUUGAGGAAAGCAAUCAAAGAUACAGGCGAUCAAAUUCACCCUCAUUCGGCCACCCAUCGUCCAUCGAUAUUCAAUAUUCACCUUCUCCUUUGGAUUUACAAUAUGAAGGCGUUGAGUAUGGUGAUUCAUUUCCUAACACUUUAGGGGGUGCUUCAGCCAUAAUUGAAGAGCACCUGUCUAGCUCGUCUAGAAAUGCCUGUGCAUUGGCAGGUAAAACAUAUAUUGAAUUUGAGCAACUGCUAUACGAUGGUCAAAAUUGUCCCAGAUCCCAAGUAGCACAUGUAUUUUACCAAUUGCUUGUAUUGGCUUCAAUUAAUAAGUUGGAUGUUGUCCAGUCAGAACCAUAUGGUUGUAUCAAAUUUCGAGCACAAUGA